AAGACACGGUCGUCCGCUGGCCUUUUUAGUUCUUUUUAAAUUAAAAAUCGUUUCGACUUCGAACUUGUACACUUCAUCCUCAGAAAAUGCGAUAUUUGUCAAUUAUUUGUAUAUUCUGUGUUCUAGUUGAAUAUAUUUUCUGUUAUGAUUGCUAUAAAUUUUCAAAAAGCGAGUUUGCAACAAUUAAAUCAUGUGCAUAUGGAUGUGAAUAUGAGUACAAAGUUAAAGAUGGCCUCAAUCAGAAAGAAUCUGGCGGAUGUGCUCAAGAAAGUGCACCGAAAGGGUGUCGACAGAGAGGUUCGAAGACUGCCUGCAUAUGCUCUGAUAACUAUUGCAAUAAAUUAGGCUAUGAUAUGCGAGAUUCGAGUGAAGAAAGUUAGUACAACGAUUUUGAAUAAAUGAAUUUUUCAUGAUCAAAAAUAAAC